AUGUCAAAUUGUUCCUCAGACGCCACGUACUUUGCCUCCCCAAGUUUUCUAUUACUAACAACCCGUAUUAUUACUUGCUUCGAAAUUCCAAUAUGGAUAUUCGGAGCCUAUUGUAUUCAAUUCAAGACACCCGAGAAAAUGAAGUCAGUGAAGGGGCUCAUGUUGAAUGUGCACUUUUGGAGCACGAUUUCUGACUUGACGAUUUGCUGUAUCGGAGUGCCGUAUCUUCAUCUGCCAUGUUUAGCUGGGUAUGGGCUCGGGCUGGUGCAGGCUCCAGGGCCAUUGCUUUAUUUGGGAUUUACGUUUUUGGGAGCCUUCGCUGUCUCCAUCAUCGCCGUCUAUGAAAACCGCCUCCUCACUGUCAUCAAUCCUACCUCUCGCUGGCACAAGUUCCGAAAGGCCUACCUACCGCUUAUGUGCCUAUUCCCUCCCACCUACACCAUACCGAUUUUCGCUUCACUCCCUGAGCAAGAGCAUGCUCGUGAACAUGUCUUGAAAUCCAUCCCAUGUCUUAAAGUGUUUUCUCUGAAUUUUCAGGAAUUAUUCGUUUUGACUCUGAAACCAAUUGUACCAGCGAUUUGUGGUGUAUUUGCAGCGAGUAUCGCAAUUUUCCCGAUUGUAAUAUUUUUCACACUAACUUUCCGGCAGCUUUUGAAAAGACAGAAAAACUAUAAAUACUCCUAUCGAACUGUGAGAGUUCAAAAAAAUUUCCUAGUAUCCAUGUCAUUGCAAUUUGUUUUUAUCAUGACUUUUAUGUUUAUCCCCUGCGUGCUUUUACUGUAUAUUGUAAUUUUCAAGUAUCACAAUCAAAUUCUCAAUAACUUUAUUAUAAUUUUGUUCUCAUGUUUUGGAACCGGAUCUACUGUUGUGAUAAUAUUGGUUUAUAAGCCCUAUAGGGAAUUUGCGUUUUUAGUACUUACAUGUUCUAGGUCGAGAAAAGUUGAAAAUGUUGUUGUACCUGCUAUAUUAACUUGA